CGAAGUGAACGUAUGUUGAUGUGUUCUACAAAGUGAUCGAUAGGUGUCGUGGCAGAGUCUCUUACUGGGCAACGAAGCGGGUGGACUACGAGCGCAUCAGUCCGCAUUUAAUGACGAGUAUAUGAGCCUGCGAAGAAUGCCCCUGUGUACACUUCACUACUGAUCUCUAAGGGGAUCCAGGAACAACACAGGAGUCGGUAGAUGAAAUGGAGAGUAAAGGUUGAGAGAAAACCGCGCUGACGGCUUUUUUCCACGUUGUCUGUCGUUCCUAGGCUUGUUUCAUAGUACAUAAUAUCGGAGGACUUGACACGGAGAUGAGCAUUUAAGUUGCGAGCGAUUCUAAAUGAUUGCGCUGCAUUUUGUUGUUUAUACCUACAGAAGACUGGUCAACUGCUCCGGCAAACGAAUGUAGACAUCAAAUAGGCUAAGUUACGCUACUGUAAGGGUAUUUUGUUUAUUGUAUUUAAUGUAGACGUGGUAUUGCACAAAAUGUUUGAUGUGUGCCUGAUUUAGAAUAGACAUUCGUGUUCUGCGAGAGAGACGCGCUUCAGGAAGAAGUCAUGAAGGACACUUCUGAAUCAAAGGACCAACAACUAACUGUUGCUUUGCGAAUCCGACCCCUCAGUGAUGCUGAGCAAGAGGAAGGAGCCACCAUAGUGGCUCACAGGGUGGAUGAGCAGAUGGUGGUGUUAAUGGACCCCAUGGAGGACCCUGAUGACAUUCUCCGUGCCAACCGCUCGCGGGAGAAGACCUACAUGUUCGACGUGGCCUUUGACUACACAGCCACGCAGGAGGAGGUGUACAGGGCUACCACCAAAGGGCUGAUCGAGGGCCUUAUAUCAGGCUACAACGCCACUGUGUUUGCCUACGGACCCACAGGUUGUGGGAAGACCUACACAAUGUUGGGGACGGAUAAAGAGCCGGGCAUCUACGUGCAGACGCUGAACGACCUCUUCCGCGCCAUCGAGGAGACGAGCGAUGACAUGCAGUACAGCGUCUCCAUGUCUUACCUGGAGAUCUAUAACGAGAUUAUUCGGGAUCUGCUGAACCCCUCCUCUGGGUUCCUGGACCUGAGGGAGGACUCCAAAGGGGAGAUCCAGGUGGCCGGAAUCACCGAGGUGUCCACCAUUAACGCCCGUGAGAUCAUGGAGCUGCUGAUGAGGGGCAACAAGCAGCGGACGCAGGAGCCGACGGCAGCCAACCAGACGUCGUCGCGCUCGCACGCCGUGCUGCAGGUGGCCGUCAGGCAGCAGAGCCGCUGCAGAGACGUGCUGCAGGAGGUUCGCUUCGCCCGCCUCUUCAUGAUCGACCUCGCCGGGUCCGAGCGUGCCUCACAGACUCAGAACAGAGGCCAGCGUCUGAAGGAGGGGGCUCACAUAAACCGCUCCCUGCUGGCUCUGGGGAACUGCAUCAAUGCCUUGAGUGAGAGGAGUGUGAACAAGUAUGUCAAUUACCGAGACAGCAAGCUCACUCGCCUACUGAAGGACUCACUGGGAGGGAACAGCAGGACUGUGAUGAUCGCUCACAUAAGCCCCGCCUCUAUGGCCUUCGAAGAAUCACGCAACACACUGUCAUACGCUGACCGUGCCAAAAGCAUCCGCACACGGGUGAAGCGUAACCUGUUGAACGUCUCCUACCACAUCGCCCAGUACACCAGCAUCAUCGCCGACCUGCGCAGCGAGAUCCAUCGGCUCAAGAAGAAGAUCGCUGAGCAGGCCAGCCGCCACAUGAACUCCGACAGGACGGACAUUCGCCACGUGCAGGCGGAGGUCCAGGCCCACUCGACCCAGCAGAGCCGGGCGGAGAUGGACCAGCUGAGGGAGCAGCUCAUCGACGCCUUCCGCCAGCAGAUGGAGAUCCGCAAGAGCCUGAUGGAGCUGGACAACAGCAACAUUGAGAUCCAGAUCGACACGUCCAAACACCUGCUCACCAUCGCAGACUGGGAGCAGGAGCGCUGUCAGCGGAGGAGGAAGUGGAGAGCGGAGAGGAGGAAGGAGAGUUUUCACAAGGAUGAGAGCGAGAAGGACUCCGACUCGUCCGAGUCGCCUCCCGACAGCACCGAGACGCAGGAGGUCGCCAUGGCGAGGGAAAACCUGGUCACACUCAUGGCCGAGCAGAAGAAGAUCCGCAAACAGAAGGGGUCUCUGGAGCGGCGGUUCCUGGAGCUGCGACAAAGGGCCCGGCGUCUGGAGGAGCUGCUGCCCAGACGAGUGAGCUCCGAGGAGCAGCGGGAGGUGCUGGGCCUCCUGUGCAAGGUGCACGAGCUGGAGAUCGAGAACGCCGAGAUGCAGUCCCACGCGCUGCUCAAGGACAACCUCAUUCGGCAGAAGGACGCCGUGGUGCAGCGCUUCGAGCAGCACCGCCACCUCUGCGACGAGAUCAUCCAGCAGCAGCGCCAGUUCAUCAGCGACCACAGUCUCCUGGUGCCGCCUCACCUGCAGGAGCUCUAUGAGAUGUACAUGAGGGAGCUGGACGAGAAGAGCCUGGACCGCAUCAUGGCGCUGGACAAGGUCACCGGACGCACGCUCAAGGAGGGCUCGCUUCCCAAAAUCACCCUCCCCAGUAGAGGUCGUGACCCCCUGCAGGAGCUGGACUCUGACCAGGAGAGCGUGCGCACGCUGGGCUCGGACAGCCGACGGGGUCGGGCCAAAAUCCGCCGUCAUACUCUGCCACCCAUCCUGCCCGAACCUGAGGGGGACAACAACCGUGUGUUCAAAAACAGUCCUCAUGCCAGGCAGAUGAAGAACCAUGUGGUGAUGACGCCUCCGCCCAUACACAUCAAUGGCCUGGGGAACAGAGGGCUCCAUCCGUGUGUGCCAGAGAGCGCACUGAGCUACAGCCACCUCAGCCACAGCGUCAGCAGCCACCUGGACUCGUCUCCAGAGAGCAGUGAGAAUGGCACCGACGUCCCGCUCUCACGCAAAGAGCGGCAGCAGAUCAUGCGCGGCGUGGAGAGCAUCGCCGUGAAGGCCGCCCGCCGCCGCUCCAAGGCCCUGGAGGUGGACGCCCUGCGCCUGCCGCCGCCCCCCUCCCCGCUGGACCCCAAGAAGCAGAAGAGCAGCCUGUCGCUGAGCGAGGCGCCCCCGCUCGGCCCCCCCACGCCACGAGGGGGUGGCGUCGGCGUCUGCGGUCACCAGCCCAGCCCCGAGCUCCGGCACGCCACCUCUGACGACAACCUGUCCAGCAGCACGGGCGACGGCACGUGGACCCGCCCGCGCCAGCGUCAGCCGAUCGCCAAGAACCCCGGCAACCGCGAGCAGGACUUUGAGGCACGCCGGCGCAAGAAGAGAUCCCGCUCUUUCGAGGUCACAGGCCAAGCUUUGUCUCAGGCUAAGACCACGGCUCAGCGGUUUCGGCCCCUAGACAGCACUUCAGACCCCCACCUUCACAUCAACCGGCCCCCACCCUCCCACCUCCGCCCCCAGCACCGAGGGGUCCCUCCCCUGGCCAAAGCACGCCAACCCCACCCUUCCCAGAUCACAGGUUAGCAUCAUCUCCUCCUGUCAUCUCUUCGGAUCAUCCCUAACUAUUUAUAUGAACAGACCAUUUUUGUUUUUUAUUUUGGUGCAGUAACACAUUUUCCAUGUUUAAACAAGGUAAGCCAG